GCGGCAAGACCGCGUGGUCACUUAUGCAGGCGGAACCGUCGCCUUCUCCCGUACUCAGGGUAGCAUGGUUGAAACAGAAGAAUACGCGGACAGAUACCAAGAGGAGCGGCGAAUUCCAGCUACGACUUCCGCUAUUGUGGUGCAGAAACAAAGGUGGUGCCGGCUCAAGAACGCAGCGCAAGCCAAAAAUCACAUGAUAUUCCCGCUGCGGCCUUCAGCCUGGUUCCAGUGUCGCCUCAAGAUUGUUGCCAUCGCAGCAGUGCUUACACUUCUUGCUUACCUACUUCUACGCCUCCUAGCGCCUGUGAUCAGAGCAAGUUUAUCAGAGACUCCUCUUAGGUGGUUCCCAGACCCGGAAAUCGCUAAGAAAGCUAUACCGCUCGAGCGGCUAUACAAUGAGCCGCGCAAAUACCUCAUAAAUCCUCAAGACGUGUGCCCCACAGAUGUUCCAAUCGACUAUCUCUUCAUGGUCUACUCUGCACCUCAAUAUGUCGAAGCCCGAAGCGUCAUUCGACGAACGUGGGCAAAUGACGCGAAGAAGUACGCUGGAAACAGGGUCCUUUUUCUCUUCGGCAAGCCCAGCACCGCUAAGUUGCAGAGCGCUCUGGAGUUUGAAUCGCAGCAGUACGGGGACAUCGUGCAAGAGGAUUUCUUGGACACCUACAAGAACCUAACGCUGAAGACGGUGAUGAUGCUUCGAUGGGCGACGCACCAUUGCCCACAGGCCCGCUUCGUCGUCAAAAUAGACGACGACUGCUUCCCUAACCUGGCCAAUUUUUACCGGGCCAUGCAUGGUCAAGCAGAGGACGCGAUCUACGGUGAACUGCGGCAUCGCGACGUACCGCUGCGCGAGCCCACUCACAAGUGGUACAUCUCGCGCGAAGAGUUCCCCAGGGACAUGUUUCCGGACUACAUCACGGGAGGCAUGUAUGCCAUCGGGGGCCGCGUCGUGAAUCUUCUGUACAGGGCCACGGGACAGGUUAAGUUCUUUCGCGUUGAGGACAUGUAUCUCACCGGAAUGUGCGCGGAGCGAGCGGGUGUCGCGAGGACUAACUUGGUGGGGACGUACAACCUCAAGCUGUCUUCCCUGUGCGAUUACAAGAAGGCCAUCUAUGGUCACCACGUGACGCCCAUGGAGAUGAACGAACUGUGGUACGCCAUGAGGCGUCUCGAGUACACGUGUCGUCGAAUCUUAUUCAGUGUUCAUCUAUGCUACUGCCGACCAGUAGACACGUCGGCUGGUUUGGCCAUUGAGACGCCCGUGUUUUGAAAAGAGUGUCGCGUAAUCUUUUGGUAUGAAUUAAGAGCCUUUGAAGGCAUAGCCGCAAACAGUCCACAUGCUAAAAAAAAAAAAAACAAGACUCUGUUUUAAUCGCAUAUUUUAUUGAAUAUUUGGCGUACGCAGGUCAGUGUGUUUCUUAGAUCUCUUCGUAUUAGCACUGUGAAUAACUUAUUUCUUCCGUACCUGUUCCUUUAAAGGAGUGGGAAGGGCACCUAGAAGCUCCAGUAGAAGAAGAUAACGCUACGCGAAAGGCGAAACAUCCAAAUAAAGUUUUUUUUAAUGUC